GACGCGACACUGGAAAAUAUGAUAUGCUCGUGCAUGGCCAAAACGUCGACAAACACAAACGCACGUAGCCGCAUAGUCUGCUUGGAUAAUCUAAAAUGGCUAAAAUACAGUUGUUGAGAAUGUUUCUCAACCAGCGUUUAACAGCAGCGGCUGAGGAGAUAUUUGGGGCUGUUGAGAAAACGAUAGCAGAGUACCAGGAAGAAGUGUAUCGUUCAAAAGAGGAGAACGGCCGUCUACAGAGGCAGCUUGAUAUCGUUCUCAAACCACAAGAGAUACAAUUACAAAGGACAGACCUCCAGCAGCUCUCUCUCACUGUCUUCGAAGAGGAGGUUCCCACUAAGCAGCAACACUGUGAGCAGGAAUGGAGCCCCAGUCUGGGGCAAGAUUGCCCAGAGCCCACUCAAAUUAAGGAGGAACAACAGGAGCAACAUAGGACCAGUCAGGAGGAAGAGUUUCAUAAUGACUUCUUCAUAAUUAGCUCUAGUGACUGUGUGAAAAGUGACUAUGAUCAGGAAGAGGACUCAUGUCAGCCCUCACAUCUUUACCAAACACAAAGUGAGGAAUAUGGACAGGGAGCCUCUCUAACAAGCACUUCAACGGAACCGAUCAAAACAGAACCUGAUGGAGAGGGCUACAUGUCAUUAGAACCAACCAGGGAACCUCAGCCCCUCUCUGUAGUAAAUCCAGUCUGUUCUCCAACCCCAAGUAAAUACAGGGAAGGUGUCAAUGAAGAGGAAAAAGAACCUUGGAUUAGGUUUACUCCACUCAAAUCAAAGAAAGCACAGAAAAUAACAAGCCAUAGCUCCGGUAUGUGGAAAAAAGGAAGGAAAUCCACAGAGUCAUCCCAUAUGAACCCACACAGUCAAAGCCUUACUACUCCCUGUUGGUGUGGUGUGUGUGGAAAUAAAUGUUAUUCUGUGAGUUUUUUAAUAAAACAUACACGAGAACACACAGAGGAUAUAGGCCUAGAUUGCCUUUGCGGUGUCUGUGGAAAACACUUUGAGUCCAAAGAAAUUCUGAUAGAGCAUCUCCAAACUCACAUGAAAAAUCUUUUUUGUCACUUAUGUGGUCAAUGUUUCAACUGGACUAGUAAUCUGAAAAGACACAUGAUGAUUCACACAGGGGAAAGACCCCAUCGGUGCAGUGACUGUGGCAAAGGCUUCAGGUCGAGUGAUUGUCUGACAAAGCAUAGGAGGAUUCACACAGGUGACAAACCGUUUCCUUGCCCAGUUUGCCACCGUGGUUUUAACAGACGAGAUAACCUGAAAGUGCAUAUGAGAGUUCACACAGGGGAGAGACCGUAUAUGUGUUCUGAAUGCUAUAAAUGUUUUGCAACGUUAACGUCACUGAAUAAGCACCAGACAAUGCACAAUGAGGAACGACCGUAUGUGUGCACUGAUUGCGGUACCCGCUUCAAAGCGCUUGAAUCCCAAAGAAGGCACAUGAAGAGUGUUCACAACAAGAAGGAGAAUACAACAUGACAAUGCCUUGUACGGGUUACGUUAUCAGAAGAUUGAGGCGCAUUCUAACUGCCAUUGGACAGGAGAACAGCCCUUUAGGACAGACACAUUGCAUUAUGGAAUCAGUGCAGUAGUUACCAUUACUUGUUAGUAUCCAUUACCCAUUAGUUUACCAGAUGCAAAUAGCAGACAGAAGUUAUUUAUGUGCCCGUGUUUCUAAAGUGUCACAGUCUGUAAAUUGUUGAAAGCUAAGCUCAUUUUAUUUUCAUAAAUCCACCGAUGCAUUUAAUUGGCUGGCAGGAUGGAUGGAUCCGGCAUAACCCAAAUCCAGGCCUUCACAAACCCAACCACCGAACUGAUCUGUAUAGAUUAGAUCACUUCACCAGGCUUUGUGAGAUCUGAUCAUCUGUGCAACACGAUUGCAAUAAACACGACCUGGAACGGACCCUGCAGGUCAUUUAUGAACGUUUGAACAUCUUGGCCAUGUUCUGUUAUAAUCUCCACCCGGCACAGCCAGAAGAGGACUGGCCACCCCUCAGAGCCUGGAGAUAUAGUCGUCCUUGGGGACCAGGUUGAGGGAUAGGGUUCUUCUUGGGGUUAGGCUCAGAGUGAACCAUAGCCUCUCCUGGGGUCCCAAAUCGAGGAACAUUUCUGGUAAGAAGCAUGGCAUUUGGUUGUCGGCCUUGCGUCCCUGAGUGACAGAAACUGAAAACUAAUUGUAAUGUGUAUUCUAUUGCAUUCUUAGUUCUAUAAUUGCAUUCUGUAACUGCCUUAAUGAGUUCCCAAAUGAGUAAUCAACAGUCUUGUUGGGUGACGUUUUACUUGUUGACCACAAUACUGACAUACGGUACGACCACACUCUUCAAACAAGCAGACUGUCACCAACAUCAUGCAUAAGCUUACCUGUUGUGAAGUGAAGCACAUGGACAAUAUCUAUGUUACCUUUAGGGAGGAAAUACCACAGUUAUUGUAAUUUAAAAAACAAUACAGACAACUAUUCUUUCAGAGUUCAGAUGUUUGAGUUAAGCAAGCAUUGAAUAAACUGAUUUAAUCAUGCUUUCAAAAUACAAGCAUCUGAAGGUGGGAAUGAAUAAGAGGCCAAGUGAACAAAUCAACACGCAUCCAUAAUCAAUAGACAUCUGUUUAUCAAAAUGAGAAUGAAAUAUAAGAAAACACAAAUAUAUUUACUUGACCUCACCUGUUGCAUCGUGACUUGCCUACCUACUACGCAUAUGAAUACCCCUGUAUUGGUUUCCCUUUUUGUUUUAAAUGUGCAUGUGAUGUUAUCCCACGAAAGCAAUAAACAUUUCAAGUGAAUAUA